UCCAAUAUGCUGAUGAUCUGACUAUUUAUGCCCACGGCUCGUCACUGGAUGACAUCGGUCUCCGUCUGAAUACUGCUUUACAGUACUUAGGCGAUUGGCUAACUGACCAUGGUCUUUCUUUGUCUGCCCCUAAAAGUGGUGUAGUGGUUUUUUCCCGGAAAAAGUUUACCCCACAAGUUCCAGUCAAUAUCCUAGACCAGCGUAUAACAAUCUUUGACAAUUUCAAAUUUCUGGGGCUCAUACUAGAUUCCAAAUUGACGGGCGUCCCUCAUUUAAACUUUAUUGCCAAAAAGUGUGAGACUAACAUUAAUAUUCUCCGCUCCCUGUCAGGCACUUGGUGGGGUUCCCACCCAUUCUGUCAAAAAAUAUUGUACAAUGCCAUAAUCCGUAGUCACUUUGACUACGGCUCGUUUUUAUUGGAACCGUGUCAUAAAACUGCCCUCAAUUUGUGGGACAAAAUCCAAUCAAAGUGUCUCCGUCUCAUCAUUGGAGCCAUGAAGUCUACACCAAUAAAUGCUCUCCAGGUUGAGUGUGUGGAACCCCCUCUCUUUUUAAGAAGGCAGUUUCUCGCUGAUAGAUUUUUGUACAAGGUGGCGCAACUAUCUCCUCACCCUCUUCUGGCCAAGCUUCACGAACUGUCUGAUCUAACUAGAUCUUCUAAAUAUUGGCAAAUCAAAGAUAUACCCUGCAUUCUUAAAAGUUACCACAAAUUUAUCAAAAUCAAUUCUCCCGUUUUCCAAUGCGCUAAAAAUCCCCUUUUUUCUUGUCUUUAUGAUGUAAUAAUAUUUAAACCUGAGAUAAUCUUGGACUUUGGUAUUUACAAAGAUUCCCCUGCUGCAGACAGACAGUUUAAUAAGGCCUUGGCUAAGGACUGGCAGGGCUGGUUGACUAUGUAUACGGAUGCUUCCAAGCUGGCUGCUGAUGGUUGUGUCGGUGCGGCUGUAUGGAUCCCAAAAUAUGAAAUUAUUCUGAACUGUAAAUGCCCAUCUCAGGCAUCAAUAUUCACAGGAGAAUCUACUGCCCUACUUGAAGCUCUCAGUUAUGUUGAAUCUCACAAACUGAACAAAAGUAUAAUUUUUUCAGACUCAAAAAGCUGUUUACAGGCUAUUCUGGCAAACCAAUUUGUUAGUAAAAGUAAAUUCCAUAAUAUCCUGAAGAUCAAGGAGGUCUUGUAUCAAUGCCAUAGUAAUAACAUUCAGGUUGUAUUGGCGUGGAUUCCAGGUCAUAGCGGGAUCCAAGGCAAUGAAACCGUAGACAUACUGGCGAAAAACGCUAUCCAAACAGGUUGCCUUAAUCAUUAUAGGACAUAUACCUAUGAUCUCCUGCCUUUAGCUACCAAUGAUAUGUUUUCCUCAUGGAGCAAUGAGUGGAAUAAAAUCAAGCUUAUCAAGGGCAAGUACUAUGCUGAUAUCCAAAUAAGUAUCCCCAAAAAACCUUGGUUUUUUAACCUUAAAAGAUUCAGUAAAUCUGUAACUUCUACGAUAUGCCGACUUCGCCUUGGUCAUGCCUGCACCCCGGUCCAUCUGGCAAAACUUAGAAUACGGGAUAACUCAAUUUGUGAAUGUGGCCUAGAUGAAGAAUUGGAAUAGACUAAAGAGCAGCGUUAAAUGUUUAAACAUUGGAAAAUAAAUAAAAGUGUAACUCCCAUGACUGACUAGACAUUGGCAAAAUUCUAAAAGAGAAGCCAUCCUUCUUUUUAAAAAUAGAAUAGAA